CUUAUUAAUUGUGUGAGUUACUGUAAUAAGUCUUGGUAGAAAAACGCUUGCCCGUUAUCUUUAUACCCAUUAAUUUAAGGCCAGAUAAAGACGUGUUUAUUUCGUCAGUGCACAAGGUGUCUUGGCGUCUGGUGAUUCUGUUCUCCCACCUACACGCGUGUUUACUGUCUGUCUGGCGCAGCUGCGCUCGAGUCAGGUCAGCGCUGCGCCCCUCUCUCCGCUGCACGCGGGCCGGGAGUCCGGAGCGCUGCGUCACCAUGACUCCCGGGGCUCUGCACACGGCACUGCGAGAGCACGAGCCCCGGGCUCGCGGCGUGUUCAUCCCCUCCCUUUUGGUUGGCGAUAAUUAGGAGAAAACACCGUCUAGAACAACACUUCACGGGUCCACAGAUCCCGAAAAGGGCUGUAGGUGGCGCGGGCGCUAGUUGUGAGAGCUCGGGUCCUGGGCGAGCGGGGUGUGCGCGCAUGCGUGGGACCUGCGCGCUGGAGGAGGAGGGGAGAGGCUCUCGCUGGCACGCGCCUGGCAGUCCACCCUGGCGUGCCAUCCGGCUCGAGGAAACGCCGCUGUGCGGAGCCGCGACGGAGGGCGCGCGGUGGCUCGCGACCGUCUUGUAGAGUCCGGGAGCCCGAGCCCAGAGUCUCCGUGCUGGUGACGUCACAGCUAAGCCUGCACGCUCCUCAGUGUGUUCGCCGCUUGAGACGGGUCGUCCGGGGGCAGCCAUGCUUGUUCCAGUCUUCACGCUGAAACUGAACCACAGGAUCAACCCCCGCAUGGUGGCGGUGGGCAGGUUCGAUGGGGUCCACCCGUGUCUCACAGCCGCCACGCAGGCAGGGAAGGUCUUCAUUCACAAUCCGCACACUCGCAGCCAGCGGCUCUUCUCCAGCCGGGUCAGCCAGAGCGCCCAGGACUCGGACAUCUCCCUGCUCAACAUCAACCAGGCGGUCAGCUGUCUCACCACAGGCACCCUGGCCCCGGGCAGCAGCUGCCACGCCCUGCUGGUGGGCUCCCAGACCAGCCUGCUGGCAUACGACGUGCACAACAAUGCCGACAUUUUUUACAGGGAGAUUACAGAUGGAGCCAAUGCCAUAGUUCUGGGGAACCUGGGUGACAUCCCUUCACCCCUUGCAGUAAUUGGGGGAAACUGCGCCUUGCAGGGAUUCGAUCACGAGGGGAACGACCUCUUCUGGACGGUGACCGGGGACAAUGUUCGGUCAUUGGUACUGUGUGACUUCACUGGUGAUGGGAAGAAUGAGCUCCUUGUUGGUUCAGAAGACUUUGAUAUUCGAGUUUUCAAAGAAGACGAGCUGCUGGCAGAGAUAACAGAAAAUGAGACAGUCACCUCUCUCUGCCACAUGCAUGGGAGUCGGUUCGGAUAUUCCCUGGCUAACGGCACGGUGGGCGUGUACGACAGGACGGCUCGCUACUGGAGAAUUAAGUCUAAAAACCAUGCUAUGAGCAUCCAUGCAUUUGAUUUAAAUGCGGAUGGCGUCGUAGAGCUCAUCACUGGCUGGUCUAAUGGCAAGAUGGACGCGCGCAGCGACCGGACUGGCGAGGUCAUCUUCAAGGACAACUUCUCCUCCUCGGUCGCUGGCGUGGUGGAGGGAGACUACAGGAUGGAUGGUCAGACCCAGCUGAUCUGCGCCUCUAUCGAGGGAGAAGUUCGGGGAUAUUUGCCAGCCAGUAAAGAAAUGAAGGGGAACCUAAUGGACACCAGUGUGGAACAGGACCUCAUUCGUGAACUGAGCCAGCGGAAACAGAACCUUUUGCUGGAGCUACGUAACUAUGAGGAAAAUUCAAAGUGUGUAGCAGGAUGUCUGACCAGCGAGGUGGAUGCGCAGGGAGGAGUUAUUCCAGCCAACACCCAGCUCCAGACAGCCCUGUCCGUCAAGGCUGGCACAGAGAGCCAGCGCCCUCACAUCGAGCUCUGCAUAUCAACUCCCAACGAAACCAUUAUCCGAGCUGUCCUCAUUUUUGCCGAGGGAAUAUUUGAAGGAGAAAGCCAUGUCGUACACCCCAGUGUGCAGAACCUGUCGGGCUGCGUUCGAGUCCCCAUCAUUCCUCCAAAAGACAUCCCUGUGGAUUUGCACAUUAAAGCCUUUGUGGGCAGCAAAAACAGCACCCAGUUUCAUGUGUUUGAGAUAACAAGACAGCUGCCUCGCUUCUCCAUGUAUGAGCUGUGCAAAGACGACACUGCCCCCAGACCCAAGGGGAAGGUCACCUUUCAAAUCAACGACCGCCCACAGAGGGUGAUAAUGUGGCUGAACCAGAACUUCCUGCUCCCGGCGAGCCUCGAGAGCCCUGACGUCACCUUCACUGCGCUGCGGGCGGGAGGGCUGCUGUGCAUCAGGAUGCAGCCCAGUGGAGAGAUCCAAUUGAAUACAGAUGACAUUGACCUAGCAGGAGACCUUGUUCAGUCUCUGGCCUCUUUCCUGGCUAUAGACGACCUGCAGGUGGAGGCGGACUUCCCUGCCUACUUUGAGGACAUACGGAUGACCCUGACUGAGGUGGACGAGUUCCAUUCAGUGCACCAGAAGCUGACGGCAGUGAUGGCAGACCACUCGAACGCCAUUCGCCACAUGCUGGUCCAGGCUGAAGACGCGCGUCUGAUGGGGGACUUGAAGACGAUGAAGAAGCGGUACAUAGAGCUGUACGACCUGAACAGAGAUCUGAUAAACGAGUAUAAAAUCCGCUCGAACAACCACACUGCGCUUCUGAGCUGCCUGAAAGCUGUGAAUCAGGCGAUACAGAGGGCAGGCCGGCUGCGAGUGGGCAAGCCGAAGACCCAGGUGGUCACCGCCUGCCGGGACGCCAUCAAGAACAACAACGUCAACGCCCUCUUCAAGAUAAUGCGGGCCGGCACCCCGUCCUCCUGACCCCAGGCCAGCACCCCUCCCGAAACCCUGCCGCCAGCCUGGGUCCUGCAGUGUGAGGAAGAGGGUCCCGCUCUUCCUCAGACUGCGCGUUUCCCGGUUCCUGACGCCAGCGCUGUGCUGAAGAGCCCUGCAUUUCAGGGGAAAUUUCCCGCUGUGGAAACUUUUAUAAUGUAUAUGUUCUCUGGGUACCAUGUAAUGUACUUAAAAUGGAUUAGAUGACAUGAAAAUGCGAGAUUUUUUUCUAGAUUGUACAAAGCCUCAUGCACCACUUUUUCUGUGUAUUAUUUAUAAGUUCAAGUAUAAGCAAUGACAUACUGUA